AUGCCCCUGGAGCGUCACUCCCUCUCGGCCAACUGGUCCUUUCGUGAUCGCGAUUCUGAUGAAUGGCUGCCUGUCCCUGUAGUGCCAUCCUCGGUGCAACAGGACCUGAUUCACAAUAAAAAAUUAAAAGAUCCAUUUAUUGGCUUCAAUGAACUCGAUGCUCGCUGGACAAACGAAAAAUCAUGGGUGUACCGCAACACCUUUACCAGACCACCAACAAUCCCCGAUGGAGCCAUAGUAGACUUGGUCAUGGAAGGCUUGGAUACUUUCGCCACGGUCAAGUUGGAUGGGGAAGUCAUCCUGAUCAGCGAUAACAUGUUUCUCGGCCACAGAGUCAACAUCACCAAAGCCCUGGCAACACAAAACCGGGAACAUACCAUCGAGAUUGAAUUCGACUGUGCCCUACUAAAAGCCCGGGAAAUCCGCAAUCAACAUCCCGAACACACAUGGGUCGGCUUCAACGGGGACCCUUCUCGCCUCGCAGUGCGCAAAGCACAGUACCACUGGGGCUGGGAUUGGGGUCCAGUCCUGAUGACCGCCGGGAUUUGGCGUCCAAUUCGGUUGGAGGUCUAUACUGCGCGGAUUGCAGAUCUAUGGCCGAAGGUCGAGCUCGCCGCAGACCACCAAACCGCCGAAAUCAAGACUGUGGCCACAAUUGACACUCCCAUCGACGGAGACUUCAUUGCCCACUUCACCCUGAGCUUGCGUGGCAAAGAAAUUACCAACAUAGAUAUUCCGGUCUUGCACGGGACUCCCACCGACGUGUCUUUCCUCGUCAAUCGUCCUGAGCUUUGGUGGCCUCAUGGCUAUGGUGACCAACCUCUCUACCAGGUUUCUGUGGCUCUACUGCGUGAUAACCAACUCGUUGACCAAACAAGCAAGAAAAUUGGCAUUCGAACAGCUGAGAUUAUUCAGCAGCCUGACAAACAUGGAAAGUCAUUUUACUUCCGUAUCAAUGGCCAGGAUAUCUUCUGCGGCGGUUCUUGCUGGAUCCCCGCCGAUAGCAUCCUGACGAAUAUCAGUGCUGAUCGGUAUCGGUUAUGGAUUGAAUUGAUGGUAGCUGGUCGACAAAAUAUGAUUCGUGUGUGGGGCGGCGGUAUCUACGAGGACGAUUAUUUCUACGAAGUUUGUGACGAACUCGGCGUCAUGGUAUGGCAAGACUUUAUGUUUGGCUGUGGUAAUUACCCAACCUGGCCAGCAAUUUUGGAAUCGAUCCAGCAGGAAACGAUUUACAACGUCAAGCGACUCCGUCACCACGCAUCAAUCGUGAUAUACGUUGGCAAUAAUGAGGACUACCAGGUGCAAGAAUCAGAGGGACUGACCUACAAUUACAACGAUAAAGAUCCGGAAAGCUGGCUCAAGACGGAUUUCCCUGCUCGGUAUAUCUACGAGAAGCUGCUUCCCGAAGUGGUGGGUGAGUACUGUCCUACCACCUUUUACCACCCUGGCAGUCCAUGGGGCGAUGGCAAAAUAUCAUCUGAUCCGACCGUUGGCGAUAUGCAUCAGUGGAAUGUUUGGCAUGGCACGCAGGAAAAAUACCAGAUUUUCGAUACUCUGGGCGGUCGCUUCAACAGCGAAUUCGGAAUGGAAGCCUUCCCACACAUUUCUACGAUUGAUUAUUUCGUUGAGAAUAAGAGCGAAAUGUUCCCACAAUCACAUGUGAUCGACUUCCAUAACAAGGCAGAUGGCCACGAGAGAAGACUUGCGACAUAUCUGGUUGAGAAUGUCCGGUCUGCAACUGACCUCGGGACCUACAUCUAUCAUACUCAGCUCAUCCAAGCCGAGACAAUGAUGUUCGGAUAUCGCGGCUGGCGCCGACAAUGGGGCGAUGAACGACACUGCGGCGGUGCCCUCUUAUGGCAACUGAAUGACUGCUGGCCCACUAUUUCAUGGGCCAUCGCCGAUUACUUCUUGAAACCGAAACCCGCGUAUUACGCGGUGAAAAGAGUUCUAAACCCAAUUGCAGUCGGGGUUCGACGCGAACAUCAUGAUUGGAGCGUAGCACACGCCCAGCCGCCAAAGGCCAGCAAGUAUGAGCUUUGGAUCGCCAGCAACAAGCCAAAAACGGUCCGCGGCCAUGUAGAGCUUCGAUUUAUAUCCGUCAAUACAGGCCGUGAGACUCGGCCACCGAUCGUUCACGCAGAUGUUGAGAUCACGCCAAAUGGAACAAGCAACAUAAUCACCGAUGGAGUGUUGGAUCAUGUUGCAGACCCCGAGCCGAUUGUGUUGGCUGCACGCCUGUGGGUGGAGAAUGAGGUCGUUGCGCGAGAUGUAGACUGGCCACAGCCGUUCAAAUAUCUUGAUCUCUCGGAUCGCAAACUCGAUGUUGAAGCGAUUUCGAUCUCUGGUUCGGUUCGUGUGACUUUCCGUGCGCACAAGCCUGUUAAGGGUCUAGUGUUGGAGGAGCAAGUUGAUGUUAAGUUGAGUGAUAAUGCUUUCGAUCUUGUACCGGGUGAUGAGCAGGUCAUUACCGCUGAGGGACUGGAAGGGCGUACUCUCAAGAUCUUCCCGUUCGCCGACACGACGGCAAGGAAUCUCGGCAGUCCGUCCCGCAAUUAG